AUGUCCGAAGAACUCACGUACGCCGAAGUGUCCAAGCACAACACCAAAAAAGAUCUGUAUCUGGUGAUCCACGACAAGGUCUACAAUGCCUCAACUUUCGUCGACGAGCAUCCUGGUGGUGAAGAGGUCCUUCUCGACGUAGGAGGCCAAGACGCAACCGAAGCCUUCGAGGAUGUCGGCCACUCAGACGAAGCCCGUGAAAUCCUGGAAGGCCUGAAGGUCGGCUCCCUGAAGCGCGCCCCGGGUGACCCAAAGCCCAAGGUUGGUGCUACGGACAAGAUUGCUGCGGGCCCUGGUGGACGAGGCGAUGCCGGCACCGGCAUGGGUGUUGCCAUGUACGCUGUCCUCCUGGUCGGUGCAGCACUGGCAUACUUCGGAUACACAUACAUGCAAACCCAAGACAAGAAAUAG